ACGAGUUGCAUACGGUUUUUGGUGAUGAAGCUCCUUCUUAUCGAACAGUUGCCAGAUGGGCUCAAUGGUUUCGUGAAGGUCGAGAAGAAAUUGAAGAUGAAAAACGAUCUGGAAGACCUGUAACUGAGACUACUCUUGACAAUAUUGAAGAAAUUCGUAGUGUCGUUAACGAUGAUCCUUAUGUUACAAUAGCAGAAUUACAGAAGCAUACUGGUCUAAACUAUGGCACCGUUCAUCGAAUAUUAUCGGAUCAUCUGGAACUUAGAAAAAUUACUGCUCGUUACAUACCCUAA